AUGGGCAAGCCACAGCAGCACACCUUCCAAACCAAUUACGGCACGGAAUACAACCCUGUCACACAAGCAUUCCAAGCCGAAGACAUCUACAAUGUUCUUCAACAUGUCUCAUCCAAUCGAAGAACCAUGAACCCGCAGAUCUUUGGAAGUUCGAUGUUUACAAGGGACGUCGAGAGCAGGGAGUAUGCACAGCUUUAUUCACAUGAGGAAGAAAAAUACUUCCACGAAAUCGACCAGGACUUAAAAUACCUCGAAAGUCUAGAAGCAUCAAACCCCGCGGGGUCCACAACAACAACAGACGAAUGUGCAAGCGCCGAAUGGAGUAUACACACCGAGGCUGCGAAUUCAAAUAUCAACUUAACCACACAAACGAGAGCUACGGAUUUACGCAGUGGUGCCGGAUCGGAACAUCGGUACCCCAGAGUUUCGUCAAGGAAAAUGAACUGGCUAUAA